AUGAAACAAACUGAUCGAGAAGAGCAAUGCGAUUCAAUAGCUUCAUCUGAUUUGACGAAUUUCGAUGUAGAAUCCAACUACUCGAAUGAUUCUGCUAACUUACUUUGCGAACAAUAUGCUUGUAAACUGCCUAUGAAAGAUGAAUCCCAAACAAAGUUCAGGCUCACUUCUAUGAAUCAAAAAUCAUACAAGCAAAGUGCUCUAUACGUACCUUUGACAUUCAAAGAACGCUUUUCCUCAUUCACCAAAUGCAUCAAGAGUACUUGGGCCAAGGUUCCAAGCUGCAUGCCAAAUAGAUACGUCAGGAUGACUUUUAUUUUUGCUUUGUUGAUUUCAUUAGCUGUUUGGGUAUUUUACAUGGACGUUCAUGUGCACUAG